GGCGCAGCUAUUUGAAACAGUCGUGCUAGGACAAGAACGAAAACAUGGAAUCCACAGACCUGAAUGAGGGUGAUGUUGUCCAAAAUGACAGCGAAGAUGUCAUUAAAGAGGAAGAUGAAACCGAAAAAGAAGAGGGAGAAGAUCUCACCGAGGAUGCAGAGGCGCUUAAAGCUGAGUUAGCAAAGAUAAUAGUGCAUCCACCCUCUUAUGAACCAUCACCAAUGGAAGAAUUUGACCAGGCCGAGUUUUCACCUUCAUAUAAGGACAAUUUACCAAAGGAAAAUCUAGUGCUUCAGUAUGCUGAAAACUUCAGAAGACAAAUGGUCCAGCUGUACAGAGACAGAAAGCCACUAUUCCUGAACCCUGUAAAUGAAUGUGGAGUCGAGAAAUUUGUUUGUACAACGAUUCGACCAACACAACUAGAAUUCAAAGAAUUGUAUAACUGGGAUGGAGCUGCUGAGUUUGUAGCAGAUUAUUUGAAUAUUGAGCCCCUGAAACCUGAGUAUGAACUGCCAAAAAGGUUAAUUUCUCCAGCUACGGUGUUAAAACGACAGAAGGGUAACUGCUUUGAGUACAGCACCCUGCUGUGUUCUCUUCUGAUCGGAGCUGGUUAUGAUGCCUACGUCAUUAGUGGAUACGCCACUAAGGAGACGUGUCUAGCUGAUGAGUCCAGAGAUAUAUGUCCUCUCCUGAAAAAGAAAGAGGAGGUAAAAGAGGAAGCCAAAAAGAAGGAAAUGAAGAAAUAUAACGUGAAGCCUCCUCGUGACCUCCGUAGUAAGUUUGAACUGAAACAAGAGGCAAAGAGAGAAGCCGAGAAACAGGCGGAAAAGGAAAAGCUUCGAAAAGAAGAGGAGGAACGAAUAGCCGAGAUGGAAAAGCCCCCACCAGACCCUUAUUUCGGCCUCCGUGUCCAUGCUUGGGUGUUGGUUCUGUCUGGUAAAAGGGAGGUACCAGAAAACUUUUUCAUUGAGCCCUUCACUGGCCUGUCCCAUCCGAUGGACAGCUCUAACUACCUGGGUAUUGAAUCUGUCUGGAACAACGUCAAUUACUGGGUCAACAUGCAGGACUGUUCUGAGGGGGUCAAGGGAUUAAGUUUUGACCUUGGUGACCCCACUGUUUGGGAGUACAUGUUCCCUAACAAUGACAAGCCCCUCCUAAAAGUCCCAGAUGCUGAGGAUGAUCUUAAUGACAUGGACGAUGAGGAGCAUAUAGAGCAUGGAAAAAAAACAGCCACCAGCGGAAGAACACGGGAAAAUACACGCAUGUCUAUGGAUGAUGAGGAACAUGAAGUUGAGAAAUAUUUGGACAUGCCACCAUCUUGGGUUGAUGCCCUUAAACUCUCACAUAGAGAUUUUCAGAUGCGAUGUCCACAUGGUAAGAAGACUAAGGUGUACAAGCGAGCCAAGCUGGAGAAGUUUGCUCACUACCUGAUGAAGGAUGGACUCAUUUCCAGACUCAGUGUGUAUGAGGACAGAGAGUUGACAGAGUUAAUUAAAGUUCACGAGUAUUAUGCCCACAGAUCAGACAAGUUGACCCAGAGGUUGACCAAUCAUAGAACAGGUCAAGUAUGUGAAAACUUUGACCCUGGGAGACCAAGAUGUCUAAAAGAACAUCAAUUUAAGUCUAGUGCACCAGGACCAGAGAAUGAGAGAAUAAUGUUAUUUUACCACGAGGCCAGGGUGGAUGGACUUGUAAAAAGGGAGGAAACUCAGAGUGAGAUGACAGAGGAGUAUAUCAAUAGGGAUGACUUCCUGUACUAUAAAUAUGUCGAGUUUGGAAAACGGGCCAAGAAAUUUGGUCCACAGGAAACCUCAACUGCCAAUAAAGGAAGACCAAUCAAUAAAAUGAUACAGAAAUUCCACCGAAAUAGAAAUAAGCCUGCUAAUGAAGAUAUAGCUGAGUUAAUAUUCCACGUAGCUGAAGAUAAGAUCCAGAUAACGUACCACACCGAGGAUGUGAGGAUAGCUGCCUCAAGUAGAGAAUUCCUCAAACCUCCAAACUGGGACGAGAAAGGGGCCGUUUUAACCUUCUCCCCAGAAAUGCACCAAACCUUCCAGGUUGAUCCCACCCAGCCUGCUAACAAACAAGUGGAGCUGUAUGAGAUGUUAAUGGAGUUGUUAAAAGCCGAGGAGAAAUGUCGAAAUGAAGUCAGAGAUUCCCAGAAUGAGGUUAGGAGCAUUUUGGAUGACAGAACAAAGGAGGAAGCUGCCUCAGAGCUUGAUAUAUCUGUGUACGACACGGAGAGGAAUGAGAAGGCCAAGAAACACCGACGGGAACUGGAGAGACAGCAGCUUGAGGAGAAGAUGAGGAAGCAGGAGAUGGACAUUGAUUACCUGGCUCCAUUCCUGGCUAAGAUUGGUAACCCCGAGAAACUGACCAAACAACAGGCAUUCAGUCUCAAGGAGGAGUGUCUCGCCGAUCUCAAACAGAGGCUCAUAGACAAAGCCAACCUCAUCCAGGCCAGGUUUGAAAAGGAGAGCCAGGAGUUGGAGAAGAAGCAGGCAUGGUACCAGCAGAACCAGGUAUCCAUGGGUAAGGAGGAUGAGGAGGAGUACCUGACCUAUUGUAAGGAAGCCAUCUUCAGGAUCCACAUCCUCGACCUACGACUCACACGGCACAAGGAGCAAGCCCCCCACAAAUACAUGCAGCUGGAACAGAAGCUAAGAAAUGACGAGAGAUUAUCAGAGUUCUUCUAAAUCAUUGGGACUUUCUAUCCAGUGUUUAUGUGAUAAAAAGCACCAUUUAUUAUAUUGUCCGUCCAGAAAACAGUCCUUUGAAUUUCUAACACAGUCUGCUUGUGUUGUUUUCACAUUAAACAUGUAAAUUAAAAGACUGAUAGUGGCCUGUGAUAAUUUUAAGAAAUAAUUUACAGUAAUAAUUAUUAUAUGUAUGAAUUAUAUUAUUUAAGGAUUUAAUAAAUUGUUAUGGUACAGUUA